AUGGGCAGACUCCACUCCAACGGAAAGGGCAUAUCGGCCAGCGCCAUCCCCUACUCGCGCACCCCCCCGGCAUGGCUCAAGACCACCCCCGAGCAGGUUGUCGACCAGAUCUGCAAGCUCGCGAAGAAGGGUGCAACCCCCUCCCAGAUCGGUGUCGUCCUCCGGGACUCGCACGGUAUCGCACAGGUCAAGGUCGUUACCGGAAACAAGAUCUUGAGAAUUCUGAAGGGCAAUGCUCCUGAGAUUCCCGAGGACCUUUACAUGUUGAUCAAGAAGGCUGUUGCCGUCCGCAAGCAUCUUGAGCGCAACCGCAACGACAAGGACUCCAAGUUCCGUCUCAUUCUCAUCGAGUCCCGUAUCCACCGCCUGUCUCGCUACUACAAGACCGUUGGUGUCCUUCCCCCGACCUGGAGAUACGAGAGCGCCACCGCCAGCACGCUGGUCGCAUAAACGAGUCGCCUGGUCAUCAAAAUGGAGUUUUUUUGCUGGAGGAUUGGCACAUGGGAGGCAUAUCCGGGUGGUGACUGAGGUUCACAACUACCAGUAGAUUGAUUGUGAGGGAAUGAGAUCCAUCAAACGUCGAUUAUGGCAAUCCUAUGAGCAACUAGGGAAGCGUGCAUAAGUGCCGCGCCCACUACAAACACCGUUCUCCAGUGCAUCAGAUAC